AUGGAUUCUUCUGGCCCCCCGUCACGCAAUCACAUUGGCCUUCGGACGACAGCUGUAUCGCUGGAUGUCUUGGCCUUCUCUGUUCUAAUAGGGCCAGGCAAAGCUGCCAGCGAUAAGACAACAAGUCCCAGGAAGAUUGCAUUGCAUGGCUGCCUCUUCAAGGCUGAGCAACAACACCAACUGGCGCAUACAGACAGACAACUGGAUCCAAUCCCCAAACUUGGAAACCUGCACUUGCCUCAUUUCCAGCCCGCGUUUUCAGCAAGUCUCAAAGUGAUACACGGCAGGCAACAGAAAGGCAGGCAGACACCAGUCCACCUUUCCUCACCUUCAUCCCCCCUCAACUCCUCACCGAGCUAUUGCCCAUAA